CACGGAUAUUCUAAUUGUUUGGUAAUAUUUAUUUUUAAAAGAGAACAGCUUACAUGGUGAUGAUAAAUUAUAGUCGUAAUCAUACUCUGCUUUGUGUGCCGAUGGCUAUCCAUGCCGAAGGAUAGCGACGCAGUGCUUGAUCUGAACGGCAAUGCCCACCUAAACAUCAGUGGGGUACGUUUCGAACUAUUGUGGAGCUCAAUCAAAGAGUUCCCAUUUACACGAUUAGGAAAGGUCUACUUUUGGUAUGAGCAUGGAGACAACUGGCAGGAGCUCUGUGAUGGCGUCAAAAUGGGCGAGAAAACAGCAGAAGUCUUCUUCCAAAGAGACCCUGAAAUUUUCAACACAAUCAUGUGCUAUUACCGCAAUGGAAAGUUCCAUUUCCCCAGGACUAUUUGUAUUGAGCAUUUUCAACGAGAGCUAAAGUACUGGGGAAUUUCGAUCAAGAACAUGGACGAUUGCUGUUAUAACCACUUCCAUCAAGAGAAUGAAGCUGUAGAAAACCUGAUGAAAAUCAAGGAAGCGUUUAAGAAAGACUUGAAUUUGAAGAAAGAACAAGAUGAGGUCGAUCUACUACUGGAGGUUGAGAGUCGAAGCAAACUGGCCCGAUUGAAAAGGAAGAUGUGGGACUUGUUUGAAAAUCCCCACUCUUCCUUUAUGGCUAAGAUUGUAUACCUUUUGUCCAGCUUCUUCGUGAUGCUAUCCACCGUGGCCCUGUGCCUCAACACCAUCGACUCCUUGCGUAUUAAGCUUGAUAAAGGAGAGACUGCAGACAACGCUGUUCUUGCUGGUAUCGAAGCUGGCUGUAUCGCUUGGUUUACUGUGGAAUACUUGAUUCGCGUUCUGUCAGCACCUAGAAUUGUUCCAUUCCUCAAAAGCAUCAUGAAUACGAUAGACUUACUUGCCAUCUUACCCUAUUAUUUCGAACUCUUGUCCCUUGCGUUUGACAAUCAACUUGACUAUCGGUUUGUGGAAAUGAGGCGCAUUUUGCAGAUUCUCCGGAUUCUUCGUAUUGUCCGCAUCUUCAAGAUGGCGCGCCACUCUGUUGGUCUUCAGACUCUAGCGUACACCUUUAAGCAGAGCACUGCCGAGCUUGGUCUGCUCGGGACUCUUCUGAUAAUGGGAAUGACUCUCUUCUCGUCACUUGUCUACUUCGCAGAGGAAGCCGAGCCAAACUCCAUGUUCAAAUCCAUCCCAGAAGCCUUUUGGUGGUCUAUCAUCACCAUGACAACCGUCGGCUACGGUGACGUCUAUCCCGUCACACCUUUAGGGAAACUUGUGGGUUCCCUGUGUUGCAUCUCUGGUAUCAUUUUUAUUGCACUCCCGAUUCCAACGAUUGUGAGUAAUUUCUCGCAGUUUUAUAAGGACCAACGUAAAAGUGUCGAAGUGCGCCGUAGGUUGUCUAUGGUUGAGGCAGGCACCUUGACGACGCUUGUGGGCGAAUCCGGCACUCUUGUGCAGAACGGUGUUAACAUUCCUGGUGUUGAUGCCUCGGAUGGUAGAAGCAGUACCCAGUCGGGAAAUAAGGUGGCAUGGUUACACAGAGAGGUUUCAUCUCCAGAUAUAUUCUAAACUGCUUUAUUUCAUUACUGAUUUUAAUAUUUUAUAGCUAUAGCUUCAACUAUGACCAAUUAAAGUUUUCAUUCUGGCAUUCUA